AUGGCAGUCGAAGGCCACUGCGAUCCCCGCUUCAACGCCGUACGCGAAGUCUUCGCAGAGCACCUCAACUCCGAAGCCGAACUCGGGGCCUCCCUCUGCGUCUCCAUCAAUGGCGAAUCCGUGAUCGAUCUCUGGGGCGGCUAUGCCUCCCCCGCACGCACCGAGCCCUGGACGCGCGACACAAUCGCCCCCGUCUGGUCCGUCAGCAAAACAAUCACAGCCCUCGCAACCUUGCUCCUCAUCGACCGCGGCCAGGUACACCCCGACGACGCUGUCGCAAAAUACUGGCCAGCCUUCGACACCCCAGACAAGCGCGAAAUCCUCGUAAGACACCUACUAAGCCACACCUCCGGCCUCCCCUCCUGGGACCCACCAAUCCACGUCUCCGAACUCCUCACAGACACCGCGUCCGCAACGCAGAAACUCAUCGCCCAGAAACCCUGGUGGGAGCCGGGCACCGCAUCAGGCUACCACCUUAUCUCGCAGGGCCUCCUGCUCGGCGAACUCGUGCACCGCGUCUCCGGGAAGCCCCUGGCGCAAUUCAUAGCCGAUGAGCUGGCGACCCCGCUAAACGCAGACUUCCACCUGGGCAUCCAGGACGAGAAGCAGUGGGGCCGCAUCGCUAUCAUGGAUCCCCCGCCUCUAUUAUUCCCCGCCGGCACGCUCGACAAGGCCCCCGAGCCCACCAACCCGAUGUACAUCGCCCUCCGCGCCAUGCGCGGCACCCGCGGCAUCGACGGCGCCAUCAGCGGCACGCCUGAAUUCCGCCGGUGCGGAAUCGGGUCGAUCGGGGGUCUCUCGAACGCGCGCGGGUUCAACGCGAUCCUGCAAAUCAUCACGAACCGCGGCACGGUAAAUGGGAAGCAAUAUCUGCAGCCCGAGACCGUCGACCUAAUCUUCCAGACGCAGGCAGAGGGUCCCGACCUCGUCCUUGGCACCCCGUUGAAGAUGGGGCUGGGCUUUGGGCUGUCGAAUGGGAGUAUCGCGUGGAUGCCUACGGGGAAAGUGUGCUUCUGGGGUGGAUGGGGCGGGUCAAUUGCGAUUAUGGAUCUUGAGAGGGGCGUGACGGUUACGUAUGCGAUGAAUCGGAUGGAGAAUGGGACGCUGGGGAAUUCGAAUGCUGAGGCUUAUAUUAGAGCUGUUUAUGAUGUACUCAAUGAGCAGGGGAUUGGGAGGGCGAGCUUGUAG